GCGCGGAGGCGCCUUCCGGUAUCGCUGCGCCUGCACGGCAGGGAGGCGGUGUGUGCUGCCAUCAGCGGGGAGGAGCCUGGUGUGCGGGGGGAGGGGGAAAGUGAGAGUGAGGAGGAAGAGGAGGAGGAAGAAGAGGAGGAGGAGGAGGAGAACGACGACCACGAAGACGAAGACGAAGAGCGGGAGCAGGAGCGGGAGCAGGAGCAGGCCAAGGCCAGUGAGGAGGACGAAGAGCGGGAGCACAGGGAGCAGACCAGUGAGGAGGACGAGGAGCCGUUCCCUGCCACCAUGCUGGACGUGUUCCGCUCCAUUCCCACACAGAUGGACUACAAGGGCCAGAAAUUAGCGGAACAGAUUUUCCAGGGCAUCAUUCUCGUCUCUGCCGUAAUUGGUUUCAUCUUCGGAUAUGUCACUGAGCAGUUUGGAUGGACUGUCUACAUAGUAAUGGCUGGAUUUGCAUUAUCCUGUUUGCUGACACUCCCUCCAUGGCCCAUGUACCGCCGCAACCCCCUGAAGUGGCUGCCUGUGCAGGAGUCGGGCACAGAGGAUAAGAAGCCAGCAGACAGAAAACCAAAAAGGCAUUCUAAAAGCUAAAUAAAACGGUUCUUUGUUAUGAUA